UCUCCAUAUAUAAGAUAGUACCAAGGGUACCUUUCCCCUACUACACCGUAAACCAGUCGAUCGAAGCUAAGGAUCUGCAUCUUCCUGCCGACCAUCCAUGGCGAUGAAGACGAAGACGAAGAAGGGAGGGACGGGGAGGAAUAAGAGGAACGAGACGAAGCUCAUCGAGGACCCGGCCAAGCGGCAGGUGGCCUUCUCCAAGCGCCGCCCCACGCUCUUCGGCAUGGCCGGCGACCUCUCCGCGCUCUGCGGCGUCCACGUCGCCGUCGUCGUCUUUUCACGCUCCGCGCGCGGCAACGCCUACGCCUUCGGCAGCCCCUCCGUCGACGCCGUCCUCCGACGCUACCACGGCAACGUCCAAGAUGAUGACGACCAUGGUGAUGACGAUGACGAUGCUGGCGCUCUGGCGGGGUUGCGGAGCGAGCUGGACGACACCAAGGCGCGUGUGGAGGCGGAGAAGAAGCGCAUGAAGAAAGUCGAGGCGAACGUGGAGCGGGCCAUGGCGGCAAGGUCAACUGCGCUGUGGUGGCAGGCCGACGUCGAGGCUCUCGGGGCAGCGGAGCUGCCAGAGUUCGAGACGGCGCUCCGGCGGCUCAGGGACACCCUCCUCCGCCGGGUCGACGCGCUGCAGCUACCUCUAGCCGCUGCACCGCCUGCCUACAUGAACAUGUAGCGGCUAAUUAGCGAUACCUUACCACAUCUUCGAUCUUGUCUCAAACGAAAAGUACGGAUGCAUGCAUGCAUGCAUUAUGUGUAUGAUGCUCGCAAUAUCGAGUACAACCAUUAACUUCACGAAGCAUUUUGUUUUUUUUAUAUGGAAGGUCCGAUUU